AGCCUGGUCUCUUCGACUGUCUGGACAAGUCAAAAUGCGACUAGCUCGUAUUGUCGUCUUUACGCUUCUGAGCUGCAAACUAUCUGUCGUCGCUGGUCGCCUUGAUGGAUCACAUCUACAAAAGCGACAAGACACGACCGAUGCGAGCUUCCCAACCUUGACGACGGACUCUCCAAGUUCUCCCACGGAGGCAAUCUCAACAGAGAGCAGCUCUCCGACGUCAGCAGCAGCAUCAUCUGAGCCACCGACUGCACACUCUACAUCACCAUCAUCCACCGCGGAGCGUUCGUCGACGACUGAAUCGGCCAAACCAACAAAUCCUGUCACUGCCACCAACCCAACCGCCAGUGCAAGUGUAAAGGAUGGCGAUGAGCUCCCUCUUGAACCUAGGAUUACUCCUGCGCUGGGAAUUGCAGGAGUUUUCCUUAUCAUCUUGGGGGCAGUCUAUGCUCUCAUCGGUGUCAAAAGCAGGGGGAUCCAGAUCUUCUUGUCCUGUGGGUUCCUGGCCAGUGUUGCGACUUCAGCUUUGGUCGACUACGUGAUGAGUCCUCCAGUUAGCGAUGCAGUCCAAGGAGGAUUUUUCGUGGCCAUAGUCAUGACUGGAGCCGUAUUCGGUGGAGGAGCUCUCAUCUUCAAGGAGAUCACAGAAGGUUUUGGAUGCCUCUUGGGAGGAUUCUGUUUCAGCAUGUGGUUGCUCACACUCCAGCCUGGAGGUCUUGUCACCAGCUCCGGCGGGAAAGGAGCUUUCAUCGGUGUCUUUUGCUUGGUAGCAUGGGCUCUUUCCUGGACGAUCUACACCAGACCAUACGCGUUGAUCGGAUCGACUGCAUUUGGUGGCUCCACCGCUUUCGUGCUUGGACUUGACUGCUUCACAAAGGCUGGGAUGAAGGAAUACUGGUUCUACCUCUGGAAUCUCAAUGACAACCUGUUUCCCCUAAAUACGAAUACGUACCCUCUGACGAAAGGUAUCAAAGUCGAGAUCGCGGUGGUUGUGAUCUGUACGAUCAUUGGCCUUCUGUCCCAGAUCAAGUUAUGGAAAGUCAUCAGAUCCAAGCAAAGAACGGAAGCAGAGGUGCAGCAAGAAGACGAUCAGCAGAAACAAGCUGUCGAGGCAGCAUUGGGACGACAUCUUGAACGUCAAAAUGAGCGAGAAAAGGCGGCCUGGGAGAGACAGUACGGCGACCGGCUUCAAAGCAAGCGAAACACCCUCCUAUGGCAGAACGCCCAUUCCGACAAGCGAUAUUCCACCGUCUCCGUGGUCGCGGUCCAACGACCCACGCCGUCUGCAUCCACAGAGAAUCUAGAAAUGAAUGCCUUGGGUCUUCAACGAAAUCAUUCAGGCUAUGGCUCCAAGAGUAAACGGCAAAGCGCUGUCACUGUCGACAUGAUACCAGAAGCGGAAGAAGACACCGACAACGUGGCUUCCGCCGAACGGCAGAGGGCUCUCCAAGCUCUUGAGCGAGGAAAAUCGUCCGAUGAUCUCAAAAGCAGUGGGGAUCUCUCCAGGUCCCCCAGCACGCUCAACCCAGUGAUCGAAGGCGAUGACGGUGACUCAGGUAUCAGUCAGCCAGACAGUGGCGUAGAGUUUCCAAAGCUGAAGAGGCGGUCUGCCCAGUCGAUUUCUGGACUCACAAAACGUCUGAGUCCGGGGUAUACUUCGGUUGCCUCGGGGUCGCAAGAACGCCUUGUUGAUGUCGGCAGGCCUCAUAGCAGAGCAUCUUCAGCAGCGGCGACGGUAGGUGGAGACAAUGAGGAACUCAACGUGGGCUUACUGCACGGUGAUGCCGAGCACAAAACACUCCAGACGCCAGACAUCGUGAUCUCGCCAGCAUUAUCUGAAGGCGGUGACCUUUCGGAAAUCAUGUUUGACACGAGGAAAAUAUCGGUGCCUUCCCGCUUGGGAUAUUUUGAGACAGGAGACACUGAAUCCCACUUGGAUAUAUCAUCGCCAGCAAGUGCCACCGCUAGCUCGGGAGACUUUCGCGAGAGCCUCAAGAUCCUUGCCCAGGACGAAGGUAGAAGCGAAAUAGAGCAGAGCAAAUCCGGAGCAGCUCAGUCUCAAGGAUCGGAAGUGACGGAUUCUAGUGCUGAAUCUCUGACCAGAACGGCUCUGGCACAAGUACCGAGUCAAAUUUCCAAUGUUGUCCUGUCAUAUCGAACGAAUGAAUGGGCAAAGCAUAUCACCUCCGCCGAGGCCCCCAUAUAUGAUGAGCCGGAAACCAUAGAAGGCGUCGACGAAGAGCUUCCGACACAGGUGGCGGCACCCAACGAAGCCUCAGCUCAAAGCCUGCCUGCAGGGCUGAUACCGCCUUCAGUGAGAGCGAGUAAUGCCGGCGUUGGCAUUGCAUCAAAAUCAACGACCACUCAGAGAUCAUUUUCUGACCAGGAGCGGGAGCGACGUCGCAGCGCAAUGAAAACACCUUCCAGGUCUCCAUCGACGCAAUCUUACAAGGUGUCAGGUAACAAGGGCAAUCGUGGUAGCUUCAACACUUCGGUGGCUACUUCUCUUGCCAUCACCCCUAUCGUCGAGAACGUGCCUGCUCAAUUUGCAGCACCACAAUCCGCUGGUCGUCGUGCUUCCGCAGGCUCGCCUUAUAUGAUGCCUACUCGACGGCCUUCCGCCACGAGUGUGGGAUCAGACGGAACAAGACCAUAUUCAGCUCAUGGUCCUGCAAGCCCAUACGGCAGCGCGUACGAUAUUGCGCAGUCCGGCAGACCGGCGAGCCAACAGUAUCAUCGAUCUGGAUCUGGUACCAGUACGCGAAUGGACUCAUACGAGUUGCAGCAGCCGGCACGCGAUCCCAGGCAGGAAGCUGCGAAACGCGCAUCCCUUCUUGCAGAUUGGCGGUUGUCCCAACAGCAGCGAGCCUCGCGUGAUAGCAUUGAAGUAACCGCGGCGGAAACUGGCAGAGCUCGAAUGAAAGCGGACCUCGACAACCGACGACGCAUGGAGGAGUUUCAACGCCACGAACAGCAGCGGAGACAGUAUGCAAUGGACCAAGUCAUGAGGAGACCUGAAAUGCAGGACCUUCACCGUGAAGCUAUACGAAAGAUGCAAGCUGGUGCGAACAGGAAACUGAGAAGCUCUACAGGCUAACAUAUGUUCUCUUUUCUCCGGGCUUUCUGGAGUCCUUGGGUGACUCAUUCAUAUACGAGGGCAUUUUGACGGCAAAAAGCAAAACAGCACAUACAUGGCAUGAGUGAAGGAUCCAUUCAUUUGGGAUAUUGACA